AUGGCUUACAACCUUCCUCGCCGCUUCUCCAUCUCCAUUGAUGGCAAGCCCGUCGCAAUGCCCGAAGGCCAAGUCGAGGAAAGGUCUCAGGCAUUCUCAGUGGAAAAUGGCGGCGGUCGGCCUGCAAUCUUCGAGAUUCAAGAUGACCACCUCGUUAGUGGCGAUCUUGUCCUGGGUCGCUCCAUGGUUGAGCCAAUGAUAGCGGCACCCAAACCUGUUAUCUGGUGCCACAAAGAGAACAUGAGACAACUCCAGCCUGUCCAAGUUGAGAACAGGGGUAAUGGUCCUGAAAUAAGAUUCCGCGGUGAAAAGCUUGCCUACAUGUCGGGGCUGCUUUGCAGUCCCAUGUUCCAUGACGAGGAAUUCAACAGCCAGAAAGUUGAGGUCCGACCUGUGCCUUUCUAA